UCUGGUAGGUCCACGAUGGUACAGCCAGCAUCUUGCAGCACAAUGGUUGCAAGGUGGUGAGCUGUGGGAAGAGAGAGAGACAGAGAGAGUGAUUCAGCAUCAGCGAACCUGGGCUGCGUCCACCUCUGCUCCUUUUGCCUUUAGACAUAUAUUUUUUUAUAUAUGAAUUCUCCAUCUUUCUGAUCGUCUGAAUCAAGCCUUUGGCACAGCUAUGGUCGCCGCCGCAUCACUGUCUCCCGUCGGGAUGUUUUGAGAAAGAAAAGGACCGUCACCGGACUGGGGAUCGUCAUCAGCUGGCACGGAAUGGUAUUUAUGAGCAGACAUUUCUUAUAUAACUGCAGCCAACCAAUCCUGGAUGUGAAGAUAGCCUUUUGUCAGGGUUUUGGAAAACAAGUGGAUGUGUCAUAUAUUGCCAAGCAUUACAACAUGAGCAAGAGCAAAGUGGACAACCAGUUCUACAGUGUGGAAGUGGGAGACUCCACCUUCACAGUUUUAAAACGUUACCAGAAUUUAAAGCCCAUCGGCUCUGGAGCUCAGGGAAUUGUCUGUGCGGGUUACGAUGCGGUUCUGGACAGAAAUGUAGCCAUCAAGAAGCUGAGCAGACCCUUCCAGAACCAGACCCAUGCCAAGAGGGCAUACCGGGAGCUGGUGCUCAUGAAAUGCGUCAAUCACAAAAAUAUCAUCAGUUUAUUAAAUGUCUUCACACCACAGAAAUCAUUAGAGGAAUUCCAGGAUGUGUACCUAGCAAUGGAGCUGAUGGAUGCCAACCUGUGCCAGGUGAUACAGAUGGAGCUUGACCAUGAGAGAAUGUCCUACCUGCUCUACCAGAUGCUGUGUGGUAUCAAACAUCUGCACUCAGCUGGCAUUAUUCACAGGGAUCUCAAACCAAGCAAUAUAGUGGUGAAGUCAGACUGCACCCUGAAGAUCCUGGACUUUGGUCUAGCCAGGACCGCGGGCACAAGCUUCAUGAUGACCCCUUAUGUGGUGACUAGAUACUACAGAGCCCCUGAGGUUAUCCUGGGCAUGGGAUACAAAGAGAAUGUGGACAUAUGGUCGGUGGGGUGCAUUAUGGGAGAAAUGGUGCGCCACAAAAUCCUUUUCCCUGGCCGGGACUACAUCGACCAGUGGAACAAGGUGAUCGAGCAGCUGGGCACGCCCUCACCGGAGUUCAUGAAGAAGCUUCAGCCCACGGUGAGGAACUACGUGGAGAACCGGCCAAAGUACGCAGGCCUCACCUUCCCCAAGCUCUUCCCCGACUGCCUUUUCCCUGCCGACUCUGAGCACAACAAACUCAAAGCUAGCCAGGCCAGAGACCUUCUGUCUAAGAUGUUGAUCAUUGACCCGGCUAAACGGAUAUCUGUGGACGAGGCUUUACAGCACCCCUACAUCAACGUGUGGUACGACCCGGCUGAGGUGGAGGCGGCCAGAGAUCUCAUCCAAAUAUCCAUGGUAAAUAACAACCGCCCUACAUCAGAAAAGAAAGAAAGAAAAGUGACUCCUCUGUGGGUUUAUGAAGAACUCAUCUACAAAGAGGUGAUGAACUUUGAGGAGAGAACGAAGAAUGGCGUAGUGAAGGGACAGCCUUCACCUUCAGGUGCAGCCGUGAACAGCAGCGAGAGCCUCCCUCCCUCCUCCUCUAUCAACGACAUCUCCUCCAUGUCCACCGACCAGACCCUGGCCUCAGACACUGACAGCAGCCUGGAGACCUCCGCAGGACCCCUGGGGUGUUGCAGGUGACUAGCCGCCUGCCUGCGCAACCCCAUGUUCUUCCGGAGGUGAAGAACCCAACGACCGAAACGAAAAAAAGAAAAAGAAAAAAAAGAGUAAAGAUCAAUAUUAAUAUAUUAAGAGCAAAAAAGUUAUGGGAUCUGAAAUGAUGAAAUCUAAAAGCCUGUGCAUUGUCAUUCAAAAACAGCAGUGGUUAUUUAAACUGAAGUAAACGAGCUGAGGUGUAUGUUAAUGAUUCUCUAGUUGCUUUGCUUAUAUUACCCAAAUAUCUUGUAUAUGGCAUCCGAACAAAACGACCAAACGCUUCGACUGGCAUCUUCAAAGUGCAAAGUGCAUAUUGGCUGGCUGCUGGUCUCCCAACUCCUUACAAAAGCAUUUAUGCUCCAGUCAUUGUGGCAAGGUGGGCUGCCCAUUGUGCUCAUCGCUAAUGUACAAUACAAACCCCAUUCUCCUUUUACCCCCCUCUCUCCCCACCCGGCCCUUAUGUAACGACACUGCUGUAUUUCAACCCCCCACCCGACACAAUCCCUAAUGUAAGGUUGCCUGAAUUUGCGUGUUUGUAUGUGGUUACUCUGCAGGGAUAUGUAGUCACUCUCACCCAGAGCGACGCCACCCCCCUGUGAUACUUGUAAAUAAUGUAAUUCUGUACAGCUGAAGGGCACACAGAGUGGGACUGACGGCCAGUACACUGGGAGUUUCGGUUUGUUUUUGUUUUAACUUCAUUUUUCAGACUAUAGCGCACCUUGCCACAUCACCGCUUUCCACCUCAGUUGCCCCCCUGCCUAUCGCUGUAGUCCUGCAUGAUUAGAUUUAAAACAAUGCUAAUCUCACUGUAUGCUAAAAAUGAGUCUGCAUAGAGACUUUUGUUUAUAUAUAAUGUAAAACUAACACAACUCCAAGAUAUGUGGUGGGAGGGUGUGUGUGUGUGUGUGUGUGUGAGUGUGUGUCACUGAGGCUACAUCCACACUACUGUGUUUCUGUUGGCCACAUUGUAGUUUAGAGCUACUAAAAUGAAGAAGUUUGGGAACACUGCUCACUCCGUUUGAGUUUUAAAACUCCGGGGCAACGUUUUUAAUCUGGACGGAUAGAAACUAAUCUGAUAAUUCGUCGGGCUCCUGUCACAUGACCCCCUUCCAGAAGAAAACAAUCGGCAUCAGCCUCAGUGUGGAACCAGUGUAGAACACAACAUGGAUAAUCAAUUACAAGCUUUGCUGACCCUGUUGUCUUUGCACCCAGCUGUUGCGCAGUUAAAUUCUGCAUCGGCAUGUGCAUGCCCAGUGCACGAGAGUGGUCACGUGAUAUGUGGGUUUUUUUUGGACGGGGAUUAAUUCUGGAGCCAAAACACUUGUGUGGACAGUGAUUGUCAAAUGAAAACGUAGUCAUGUGGAUGUAGCCUCAGACUUUGAUAAAUGUCAGGCCUGCGUUUGGACUCAAAAGGGUCAUUACAGUCCCAAACAAAUGAUUUGUGCGUUACGCCCCUUUUUUAUCCUUGGCAGCAUAAGAUUGGCCCCCCCACUACUCCUGUCAUGUCAUUGUGAACCAUUAACCCCUCAUAGGCACAGGAGGUUGGUCUAUAUUCCACUGUGGUGCCACCACUCUCGUAUUAUUUGACUCUUUGAAACACAGAACUCUUUCAGAAGGAGAAACGAGUGACGCGGUCGGUAGUUUGAAGGCGGCUGAUGAGUGUUAACCUCGUAGCAAGGACUUUUGAUUUCAUAUCCUGCCACGCCCCACAAAAACACGUGCUGUGUUUUUCAUAAAAAGGGAACUGAUAGAGGCAGCCCAUGUUUUAUUUCUCAGUUGGGAGAUUUAUUUAUUGAUUUAUUGAUUUAUUUUAACAGUUGGAACAUGAGUAUGGCAAGUGCCUUUUAGAAUGAAGCAUUGCAGGUGCAGGAAGUGUUAUUUUUUGGGGGGGGUAUAUUUGUUUUCCACUGCUUCUUCUUUUUCUGCCUUAAAACUUAUCGUAGUCCACAAAACCACCAGAACUUUGGUGUGGGAAACUAAGAAAGAACACUUUUUAUUGCCACUUGAAUUUAGUGUGUGAUUGCUUUCCUUAUAGCUUAUGACAAAUCCAGUGCUUAUGCUAGUUUUUAUCCACAUCAUGGAAGGUUUGCUGUCGUCUUACAUUUUCCAUUUUUAGUUCUGCAAAUAUUAGCCAGUUCCCAUGAAACAGGGAGAUCAGAUUUUCUCAAAAUGGGACAACUCACUAAGUCACAUCUGACCUUUUAUAAAAAUCUAUUUUAUUUCAGAGAGAGGGUGUACAGUGUGUUAGAAUCAAAAGACACAGUAUCCUCACCUAUCUAUCUACUGUAUUUCUCUAUUUCACGUGUCACAACAAGGCUUCCAGCUGCAGUUAAGGUCUUGCUGGGCACUUGAUUUGUCACUUGUUCAUUUGUGUGCAUAGCAUAUUUAUUCUUCGUUUAAAAGGAAUGAGGGAAGAUUUUGUUGUUAUUAUUUUUGGGUUUUCACAGCCAUAUUUCAUGUUUCUUUGCAGGUUUAUGCGAGAGCAGUGCUGCGUUACAAAAUGAUAUUUUACGAGGAGAGAACUAACAUCGGUGAUCUAUGUUUGAAUAAGAGAAGAAACAGAUUACUUUCUGCUUCAUGCAAAUUUCCAUCAAAGAUUAGAUUACCUGUUUUGUAGUGUUAUCACUUGUCAAUCUGGUAAAAUGACAAUAUACAAAAAUUAAGUGCACUCUCGUUGGGUCUUACACUGUCUCUUAAUAAAGUGCAUACCUCCGCCAAGGCCCUUUGAAUCAAGCAGAACCAAACUGCACACACUCAUAUAUAUCAGUCCCAUUAAUAUGCAUUUUUCUCAUCAAGAUCCCAUGAAUUAUUCCCUGGGAAAAUUGGGAAAAUGUUGGAGGCAGUGAAAUAAAUUCCUGAAUCCACCCCCUGAUUUGGAUCUUCACCAAAAUUUACCCUGACCCAUAUCGCAUCCUUCCCUAAAGUUUUGUGGGAAUCCGCUCAGUUGUUGUUGUGUAAUCUUGUUCACAAACAAACAAAUAUACAAACCAACAAAGAAAGGGAUAGAUUUGACAACAUAAACUCCCUGGCGGAGGUAACAUAGGCCCAUGUUUACUUUAAACACCAUUUAUCAUCAUAUUUCAGUCUCAGCGGUGACGUCCUCGAGGAGAUGUGGUGACAUCACUGCUGAGGUGGUCAUUUCUUGCACUUUCACGUAGUCUAGCCGUACCUCUGUGAUCUCGGGCUGAGCCGCUGUGUGCUUGCCACAAAGCUCACAGACCCAAUUCCAAAUGGCUACUUUGUUAACACUCACUCUGCCUGUGCCUCGUGUACAGUGAACCACGCACAGACUCACGCACGUAACUGAGGGCGGGCGUCUCCAGGAUAAAGCUACAGGCUAUAGCUUGGCUUCGUGUUCAGGGUCUCGGCCAGGGCAAUGUGUCAAAACAGGGUGCAGCUUUGAAAUUCUUUGUGCUUUGAAAAAAAAAAUUGUCCUCAAUUUCUCACAAAGGGGUCUUUAGUGUUUGAGUCCGGCCCCCCUGCCGCCACAAACACUAUAUGCUAUACAGGGCAUUUUAAACCGGCCCGAUGACACUCUUCUCUUUACUAUCUGUACAUGUUCUGGUCAAACAAAAAGUGAAACAUAAAAAUGAUUUUUUCGUUCUUUUUCUCUGAAUGUGAACUUUCUUACUUUUUCUAAGACACCCCCUCAGACUAUUCUGUUGUAAUAAAAAGGUGCUUUUGUGCCUGAAGCUGAAACGAGUCAGACACAGAAGCUGCCGGGUUGUCGAGCACUGAAUGUAGAGAUGAAUACGUUUCACGAUGACACACAUCAAUGUGUACGUGUGUGUGCAUAUGUGAUUUUAAAUUAACCAGCAUUCAACUCAAACUGUCUGGAUUUUACUGAACUUUUCUUUUCUUUCUGACCAUGACUUCUGUGUGAUUGGUUUAAAGAAUGUUGAUCGGUGCAGUCAUGUGUUUGAAAGUAGUCCAUGUAUGCAUUUAUGUUCAGUCACAAUAACUUAGAAUUAGACACGUGUCAGCUACAGUAGCUGUUCAUUAAUUUACGUCACAAAGGUCUCACGUGGAUUCAGGAUCCAUUCAUUUGUAACAUGGCGACGGCCGACACGUCAUUCAGACACAAUAUUCUCACCAGUGUGAAAAGUCAGGAUGCAUCUUGUACUCGGUACUCGUGAUUCCCAGCUCAUUGGAUUCCACUUCUUUCUUUUCUUUCAAAGUCACAUUGUAAAUAACAACGAUACAACAAUGCAAUAAACACGUUAUUGCACUCAAGACAGGGAGGCGAGCUACUGCGAAGGGUCGGGUGAUGCAGAGAAUGUUUUAGUCUUAAAUGUGGAACUCUACGAUGAUGAAACCCUGUAUAGCUCAUCUGAAUCAGGUGACGUUGUUCUUUAAGGAUUCCUUCUCUCUUGUUUCUUUUACGCCGUGCUGUUUUAAUGAACCAUUCUCUUGACAUUGUCAGGUUAUUGAAA